AUGUCUGCAUACUCUCAAGAACUCAAAAAUCUCUCAGAUCAACUUGCAAAUGUUGAUGCUCCUGUCACUAAUGAUCGGUUGGUUCUGCAACUCAUAGCCGGUUUGAAUGACAAUUAUGAAAAUAUUGCAACUCUCCUACAACAAUAUACACCACUCCCUGAAUUCUAUAGUACAAGGUCCAAAUUAAUUUUUGAAGAGACAAGAAAAGCCAACCAGCACUCAGCGGCCACAGCUCUUACCGCCAACAACACUGGUGCCACUCCACCUCCGGUCAUCACUAUUGUUCCUGUCCAUGUACAAUCACAUGGUGGUGAACGAAGAGAUCCUGAUAAGCAAAAUCAGACAUGGAAUCGUGGCUAUUCUGAUCACUAUGGUCAUGGACGCAACGCUAGCAGGGGUGGUCGGGGACGUGGUUGCGGACGUAAUUUUUCUAGCUACAAUUACGGGUACCACAACUUUCAUCCACAACCUUGGAUGAAUUGGACUUCACCACCUAUUCCAUAUCCAACUUUACCCACAAACUUCCCCCCACACCAUGGCACACCAGCAGGGAUCCACGGCACAUCGCCUUCUCAAACAUAUGUCGCAUCAGAUUAUUCAUAUACGCCUACCAACAUUGAACAGGCAAUGCACACAAUGACUCUAAAUCCGGACCAACAAUGGUAUCUUGACUCAGGAGCCACAAAUCACAUGUUCAACACUACAGGUAACAUCUCAAAUUAUGUUAAUAAUAGCAUGCAAAACCAUAUAGUUGUUGGUAACGGUUUCUAA